GUUAAAACAGCCUGCCCCAGGUAUGACGCGGGCAACCAGGCUUGCUUUUCGCGUUCGCGUUCGACAUCGACCCUGUGGGAGAACGUGUGUGGUGGUUUCAUACUGGGGAAGCUGCACGCGCCAGUGGCAGGACUGCCGACAUGUCCGGGCCCGCCGCCAUCGUCGCCCAGCGGCUUGGGCCGCUCCUCUUGGGCGGCUUGAUUGCACUCGGAUUGUCAGGGAUUGUGAAUAUGCAAGCGUUCAUCUACCUCCGGACAUUCAAGAAUGAUUACGGUCGAAUACGAGCCGCGGUCGGAUUGGUUUGGUUCCUGGACCUCCUGCACUCCGCCCUUGUAUGCGCGACGGACUGGACGUAUCUCAUAGUAAGCUGGGGUGAUGACUCGGUGUUGGACCGUAUACCCAUGGCAUGUGCGCUUACAAUUCUGACGACCGCGAUGGUGACGUUCGUUGUACAAUGCUUCUUCACGCGCCGCGUGCUUGUCCUGAGCAAAAAUAAUUGGGUGGUGUCGUUCCCUAUGUUUGGACUGGCUUUUCUCCGUCUCGUUUCUGCGACCGCGACUACCGCUCUCAUGAUCAAGUCGGGCACGUUCUCUGCCUUCCGCGAGUCGUACCAAUGGGUGUUCACCCUUGGCCUGGUGACUUCCGUCGUUGUGGAUGUCCUGGUAACCCUCUCGCUGUGUCAUUACCUCCAGACGAGCCGUACAGGGUUCAGCGACAUGGACCAAGUGAUUGAUACGAUCAUGUUGUACACCAUCAACAACGGUAGCUUGACGUGUGUCUCUACCAUUGUCUCCUUGAUCUGCUGGCUCGUGAUGCCGACCAACCUCGUCUACCUCGGGUUCCACUUCGCAAUAAGCAAACUCUACGCCAACUCCUUCCUUGCAACACUUAAUACCCGGGACACCCUGCGCGAGCGCUCGCAGCACUCCUCGGAGAGGGGUCACCCGCUACCUAUCAUCUUCCCCAGCCGGAUGAACGGCACGAACCGGUUCACGAUGAAUAAUAAUGAUAUCAAUCCGCUCGAGACGACCGCCACCAAGCUCCAGAUAAACGUAGAGAAGACGAUCCAUUGCGAGGUUGACGGGGAGAUCGACAUUGGGGAACACCGAUCAGGGGUUAGUUCGCCCAGUUCGCCCAGGGGCUAAGGGUCUCAGUAUUGUACGUGGUGUAGUAGAGGAGGAUGGAUUAUUAUAUUAGAUACACGGUUUGUCGAUUGUCAUAUAGUAUACCCAACAUAGUCCUAUCAUUGAUUCAU